AUGUCUGGUAACAUCGUCAAACUCUUUUCUCUUGAGGACAUUGUGAAGCAUCACGUCCAUAUGUACGUAGAUCAAUUCGCUGAUGAACAAAUUUCAAAACGAUCUGCCAUGUGUGAAAGUUUGUUGAAAAGCUUCCAUACAGCAAAUGGACUUUCCAGUGAGGAAAUAAAAGACCUCGCUGAAUUUAUAACAACCGGACCAGCUGAAAUAAAAAGUGGAGCCAGCUGGCCGGUUAAGCUUAAUGGCUUAACUGACGACCAACUGUUUCAUUUAUUUAGAAAAGUGGAAGAAAAUAUUUAUUCUUCUGAAUCGGAAGUUUCAACAAGAACGGCCCUAACACCCGUCGGAAAAUCUAUCCAAUUAGAUUUUCUUCACACGGAUUAUUAUUUCAAAUCCGUGUCAAACUGUCCCAUUUUGAAACUGCCCUUUUUAAGCAGCAAAUAUCCAGCAGUGAAGUGCGGUGUUUGUGAUGAAAGAUUUAUAGAAAAAUCUUUCAUAUACGAACUGAAAUGCGGCCACAUAUACCACAGAAGCUGUCUGAAGGAGUACUUCAAGAGGGUUGGCCUACUCUGUCCAGACUGCAAGAGUGAGCCGACAAAGAGCAUCGAUCACGUGUUCGAUUACAGAGUCCAAGUGUUAUGUGGUCUUAAACAUGUGGAUAUCAAGCUGACGACCAGACCUGCGAACAAAGGAAUGAACAAAUAA